UGCUUUUAGACCUUUGGAAUUUUAAUUGUUCAGUUUAGCAUUUGUAUCUAUUACUGGACUCUGAAAACUUAAAGAUGCCGAGAGGCAACCCAGCUGUAAAACGUAAAGCAACAAUGGCUGCCACAACAAGACCGAAAAAGAAAACAUCAGUAAGAAGUACUGCAUUGGAGGCUCAGGGAAGGGAUGCAGACCCACCGAUGACCGUAAGUGCUUUGUCCUCGGCAAUCAAUUAUGAGGAACUUGCAAAAUAUAUAGUGAGGGAACAAGACAAAGUGAGAGCAUCCCAGUCUACAGACAGGACUGUCACCCAAGCCACAACGAACAUCACCACACCGAAUAAUGGCAGUGAUCAAGCUACCACUCAAAAUACAGAGGGAUCUCAAACUUCAACCAAUGCAGUCAAGGAAAUUGAUUCCUCAAGUGUGGCUCAGUCCAACGUAGCAUCUGCUUCCAAUGAUCAACCGUCCACCUCUACCAAGUCAACAGCUGACAAUUCGGACAAUGUCAAUACAAUUUUAGAUGCUAUUUUUAUGCGAGGCGGCCCGGCAGUUGGCACCACAUCUGGUGGAAGAUCAGACACCCAUACCAGACUGCCUCCUGCACAUUUGACCAGUGAGGCACAAUCUCUACUCUCUGCAUCAUUAUCACCUUCAACACAAUCAGCAUAUAGAAGAUCAUGGCAGCUUCUUCAAUCAUUUCAAGCCAAUACAACAUUACCGUUACAGGUGACAGAUGUUUGCAACUUCAUUGCUCAUCUCCAUGGCUCUCAUUUUAGUGCAAGUACUAUCUCUUCUCAUAUAUCUGCGCUAAGCUAUGUUCACAAGCUACUUGGUUUACCUGAUCCUACACAAAUGUUUAUUGUCAAAAAAAUAUUAAGGGGUUGUCACAAAUUGUCUCACACUGCAGAUUCACGCCUUCCAAUUACUAUAGGUAUUCUAGGCCAAAUUAUUAAUGCUCUGCCAAAUACUGUCCCUGUUUUUGACCAUCAUAUCAUGUUAAAAGCCCUUUUCUUACUCUGUUUCCAUGCUUUCCUUAGGAUGGGAGAAGUCACUGUAAAGCAGGGUAUUGCCCAUAACAAGGUCAUUCAGGUGCAAGAUGUAACUUUUCAAUACAAAGGUCAAAAUCCCUGCAGUGUUCAAUUAGUUUUACGUCAUUUUAAAACUCAAAAAAUGAAUGAGCCCAUCAUAAUUUGCUUAGAGAGUUCUCCCAAUUCUGAAAUAUGCCCCGUCAAUGCAUUAUGUGUAUAUCAGUCUCAAUUUUCACAUAUCUCAGGCCCACUCUUUCAGUUUAAAGAUGGCACACCACUCUCAUAUAAUUAUGUUUCCAAGCAACUUGCAGCCUCAGUAAAAUUUACUGGUCUGAAUCCAGCAUUAUAUAAAGGUCAUAGUUUCCGAAUUGGAGCCGCAACUUAUGCUGCUCAAAAAGGGUACUCUGAGAAUUAUAUACAGCAACUGGGUCGUUGGAACUCUAAUGCCUUGAAGCGUUAUAUUCGAAUCCCUGCCUUCUCUGUUUAAUAUCCUUGUCUGUAGAUACAACCCAAUCUAAUACUUGAUGAUAGGUCAGUGUUUAACUGCUAUCUAACUAAUAGGUCUGAUACAUGUAUGUAAUAAUGGAAUGCACAACUUACUUAUACAGGUCAGUGUAUAACUGCUGUACAAAAGGUGUCACAUAGCACUAUGCAUGAUUAGCCUACCCCUGUUUAUUUAAUUGUUUGUUUCUACAUGCAGGUCAGUGUUUAACUGCUGCUUUCAUCAUUAGGAUUGUCAUUAUUUUUAUGUAUACCAUAAGGAGAAUGCUACAGGUCAGUGUUUAACUGCUGUAGCCAUUAUUAUCUGUGGUAUAUUCAAUGUUAAUGUAAAGUAAAUGCUACAGGUCAGUGUUUAACUGCUGUAGCCAUUAUUAUCUGUGGUAUAUUCAAUGUUAAUGUAAAGUAAAUGCUACAGGUCAGUGUUUAACUGCUGUAGCCAUUAUUAUCUGUGGGAUAUUCAAUGUUAAUGUAAAGUAAAUGCUACAGGUCAGUGUUUAACUGCUGUAGCCAUUAUUAUCUGUGGUAUAUUCAAUGUUAAUGUAAAGUAAAUGCUACGGGUCAGUGUGUAACUGCUGUAGCCACAUUAUCAGUGUAAUAUGGAUCAUGGUCAAUUUAAACUUUGGUUCCUUCAGGUCAGUGUUUAACUGUUUAAGAAACCUCAGUAAAAUUAAAAAGGUCUCCCAUUAAUGUGCUGGCUCACCAAUACAUUUUGUAGUUUUUCAUGAAAAG